UUUACAUAGACGUUGAUACAGGUUUCUCAGUACUACUGAGGCAGCAAGAGAAUAGCAGUCAGUAGACAGAGAUGGAAGCGACAGAUAGGCAGUGCUAACACCUGUGGAACCCAGCAAAGUAGCUAAGAAGUGAUGCACAGCUAUCAGCAGCAUGCCAAUGGAAAAUUCCAAUAACUAAAGGAUUAGAUAACCAACCAACAGGUGCAAGCUUGGAGUUACCAUUCCCUGAAGCCACCACCAUAUCACACUUUCCUUGCCUGUCUUCUAUCAACCAACAUCAAUAAACCUGACACUUUGGGACUGCACAGAUUCAUCAUGUCCAACGGUCCAAAGAAGAAACUCACCCAAAAGCUAAAGAAGACCCUUCCUGUGACGGGUCCGCAAGCUCCUACCCUGUAUGAAUUGAUGCAAUGGUACUGCCUGACCACUAACACCCACGGUUGCCGUAGGAUAGUGGUGUCCAAGGGUCGCUUACGCAGAUGGAUCUGGAUUGUACUCACCUUAACGGCAGUGGCCCUUGUCUUCUGGCAGUGCGCCCUGCUACUUAUGUCCUACUAUAGUGUGAGUGUGUCCAUCACAGUGAACUUCCAGAAACUGACCUUUCCCGCCAUCACCAUCUGCAACAUGAACCCCUACAAGUAUAGUGUAAUUAAGCCCUAUCUGGCUGGACUUGAUUCACAGACUGUUCAGGCACUGAAGGAAAUUUAUGGAUACGUAGAUCCCCUAACUCGCAGGCGCAGAGACUUGCAAAUGGCAAACGGAACCUCAGAAUUGGAAGAUAAUUACUUUGAAAAGAUCAGAUUAUUUAAGGUGAACAACAUGACUGAAAACCAGCUGCAUACCGAGGAUCUGAUCACACAGCGAAGGAGCAGAAUGAGUGCCACCGUAGUUCACAAGAACACAGUGAGAGAUUCCGGGAACAUUGUGGGCUACAAGCUGUGUGAUCCUAAUAACGCCUCAGACUGCACAGUGUUUACCUUCAGUUCAGCAAUCAGUGCCAUCCAGGAAUGGUACCGGCUGCACUACAUGAACAUCCUGGCAAAAAUACCCAUGGAAAAAAAGAUAGAGAUGGGAUAUUCAGCUGAAGACCUACUUGUCAACUGUCUUUUUGAUGGGAAAUCCUGCGAUGCUAGGAACUUUACCCUCUUCACUCACUCUCUAUACGGCAACUGCUACACCUUCAACGAUGCACAAAGAGACCAGAUACUGGAAUCUUCCAUGGGUGGUGCAGAGGCUGGGCUGAAAUUGGUUGUCUACAUUGAUGAAGAUGAGUAUAACCCUUUCCUCAUCACAGCAGCUGGUGCAAAGAUGUUAGUUCAUGACCAAAAUGAUUAUCCAUUCAUUGAAGAGUCAGGAACAGAACUAGAGACAGCUACUGAGACGUCAUUUGGGAUGCAGUUGACAGAAUCUUCAAAGUUGAGCGAUCCGUACAGUGACUGCACCAUUGAUGGAAGUGACGUUCCCGUCAAAAACCUUUACAACAAAAAGUACACCUUCCAGAUCUGCUUGUACUCCUGUUUCCAGGCAGAGAUGGUGAAGACCUGCGGCUGUGCACACUAUGAUCAGCCACUGCCCGAUGGCGCGCAAUACUGCAAUUAUGACGAAUACCCAAGUUGGAUGUUUUGUUACAUCAAACUGCAUUCGAGAUUUGUUCAGGAACAGUUGGGCUGUCAGAGUAUUUGCCGUGACUCUUGCAGUUUUAAAGAAUGGACAUAUACAAGGAGUGUGGCAAGCUGGCCAUCCAUAAACUCUGAAGAGUGGACGCUGCGAGUUCUAUCCCUGGAGCUGGGGAGUAAACUAGAGAAGAAUCUAACGAAAUAUGAUGUGGCAAAUCUGGACAUAUUUUACCAAGAUUUGAACCUCAGAACAAUCGCUGAGAGCCCGUCCUCCAGUCUUACAAACCUACUUGCAAACUUUGGAGGGCAGUUGGGACUGUGGUUGAGUUGCUCUAUGGUCUGUGUACUAGAAAUUGUAGAGAUAUUCCUCGUUGACUCACUCUGGGUGGUUUUACGGCAGAAGUGGCAGAAAUUUGUGAAAUGGUGGAAAAAUCAUAAACAGGGUGACAGGGAAGAGACCCCUGGCUAUCCUUUACCGGCCAUGGUUGGACAUGAUAACCCUUGCCUAGAGGAAGAAGAUCCACCUACAUUUAAUACAGCUCUACAGCUGCCUCAACCACAACACUGCCAAGUGCCAAGGACACCACCACCUUUGUACAAGUCUCUACAGAUACAAUCAACUUUCACUGAGCAACCGGUGGACUCAGAAGAUGACAUAGAAUAUAUGUAAUGAAAACCUUCUCCUAGUUUGUUAGCAGGUUGUGGAGAGAGCUUUCCUGGAGCAAAGAGCCACUCCGUCUCCCAGAUUUAUGAAGCCAUGGAAUAAAAUGCAACACUGUAAGAGAAGUGAUGUUCAAUGCUUUUAAAAAAAGUCCACAAUGGAACUUGAUCUCAGAAUUUUUAAAGCUAUUGUUUUAUUUGGUGCUUGAUUGACAUUCAGUAUAGACUUACGAAAGGUCAUCUAUCCCUCAAAAUGUGCCAUGACUGUGACCAUUAAUUCUUGAAUGAUUUUACUGAUACAUUUUGCACAAUUGGUCUCUAGAAGAGUUAUACAGGCUGCCGUAGUGGUCAAGAUGUAUAAGGAACAUUAACAUUGAAAUAUCAUUGUGGGUUACUUAUCUUUUUCUUGUAUAAUUGAGUAACCAAAGAGAGAUUAAAGUUCCGCACAUGACCGUUGAAUUCUCAAAAGAAUGUUUUCGUAUUGAGUAUUACAGUACCAAGAUUCUGGUGUCAUCCCACCUUCAACAGAACAAAUUUGGGCAUCCUCAGCCACCUAGUGCUUCCAACUGAGACGUCCACUCUGAGCGAUCAAACUCUAGGAAAUUAUUUGGUACUAAGGGUCUCCUUUUAGAUAUAGGAGUUAAAUGACUAAGGAGAUUUUGCACCAUGUUAUGCUGUGGGGAAGGGAGGGGAAGGGUUGUACAAAAAGUUGGAGGGGGCAUAUUAUCAAAUAUAAAUUGCACUUUAAAAUGAAAACUGCCCAGCAUAUAUGUGCUACAUGCAUAUCAUAGAGUGCCUGAUUCAGAGUUACACGCUAGUCGGCAGUAAAUGCAGCCUAGUAAUUAUGGGGCUGGUUCCGAAUCGGAUGAUCUUUGUACGCAUGCAAAUAGCGGCGUUUAGCAUAUAGUCUCCGUGUUAUGAGUUGGAUGGCUGUUUGCCGGGUCUCGCUUUGAUUGAAAUGGGUGUUUUAGGGUGAGAACUGGCUGCAACAAUGUAAUUGCACAGAUUUGUUUAAUUCAUGAGUGUGUCAUGGACGUAUAGCUAGAAGUGUAUGGAGAAGGGAAGCCUGUAUCUGACGAAUUGCUUGCACCUAGCAUGGCGGUGCAAGUGUUGUUACUAAUGUCAAUGGCUGUAGCUAUAGAUGGAAAACCAGUGACCAGAGCGUUUUCCCACUUGAAGAUGCAUUGACCUUAGAAAACUCACAUUACCGUAAGACAGUAAAACAGGCUUCCAUGGAACCAUGCAUACUGUCACUUUGCGCCUGACUCCGAAUUAGCCUUAUGUGCGUGGAUAUAAAUGCAGAUCUUCACCUUCAUUCAGAGAUGGAGAAUCUUAUACUUCUGAACAGAUGCAAUUGCCCCUACUCGCCCAUGAGAUGCACUCAGAGCACUUGGCCUACCAGUAGGCGCCCAAUUAUACCCGUUCCAUUGCAAGUGCAGAUGUGCUGUAAUAUGUACCUCUCCGAGUUAGCUGUCAUCGCUCAAAGUUGCAGUUACUCAGCUCAAACUCAGGCGCAGUGUGGAAAAUCACAAAGCAGGUUUGCGUGUUACUCUAAAUCAGUGUUCUCUAUACAUGCAUGCAUUUGCACCCCUUGUUGUGUCCAAGUGCAGAUUUGCACCCUUUAGCUAGAAUUGCUAUAAACUCUAAGUGAGUCAAUAAUUGCACAUUUCAUUAAAUAAAGAUGUCUCAUUUUUCUGAAUGUAUUGGUAUUUGAUAUUAUUCAAAAGGUUGCCUGCCGUAACUGGCUUGUGAACAUCUAGCAUCCGACCUACCCUAUUUUAUCCCAAAAAUGGGUAAAAGGGACAGAAACUGACUUUCAAAUAAUCACAACAAAUUUUAAUGACUAUUCUAUAACUCUUGUUUUUCUAGUCUAUUUUUUUGUCUCUGUGCUAUAGGACAAUUGUUCCCUGCACACAAUGCUGCUAUAUAACCAUAGUGAAUUUAUGGCCUGGUCGAGGCCUGAUCAAGGGGCCAGUCACUUGUAAAACUGUCCUGUAGCAAUAUCUAUACUUUUAGAUAAAAGAUGAAUGUAUUGGCUAUGUUAAUCCAUUUUGUAGCUCUUACCGUACAUGAAUGUUUAAAUGUAUAUUUGUACUCGUAUGUAUGUAUAGAAGAGGCAUAUGUGUAUAUGAUUAUAUAUUUAAAUGGCUGAUGUAAAUAAUUAUGUUUUCUAAUAAAAUAUUCUCACUGAG